CAGCCUUAACACAAGGCAAAGAUACUUUGAAAUCCGUUGUUAAAGUUGAGUAAUUAGCUUCUCUAAGUUCCUGGUCAUGGCUUCCAAUGGAGAAAAUCUUGCUCAGAAAAACCAAGUGGUAGUGGUUCUGAUACCUUUCCCUGCACAAGGCCAUCUCAAUCAGCUUCUGCAUCUCUCAAACCUUAUCUCAUCACACAACAUACCAGUUCAUUAUGUUUCCACUGUCACUCACAUUCGCCAAGCCACUCUUCGUCACCACAAAUCCAUUUCUAACAUUCAUUUCCAUGCCUUUGAUGUUCCAACCUUUCUUUCCUCUUCUCCCAACUCAAACAGUUCAGAAACUGAUUUCCCGUCUCAUCUAAUUCCUUCAUUCGAGGCCUCCAUGCAUCUUCGAGAGCCUGUGGGAAAACUUUUUCAAUCCCUCUCAUCUCAAGCCAAAAGGGUCAUAGUCAUCUAUGACUCCCUCAUGGGAUCAGUGGUACAAGAUGCCACAACCAUGCCAAAUGCUGAGAAUUACACUUUUCACAGCUCAUCUGCUUUUACCAACUUCCUUUAUUUUUGGGAGGAAAUGGGGAAGCCUUCGCUUAAUGAAGUCCUCCCGGAAUUUCCUUCUGAUGAAGGAUGUUUUCCCACCGAGUUCAUUGAUCUCAUUACUAAACAAUUUGAAUUACUCAAAAUCGGUGAUGGAAACAUCUACAACACAAGCAGGGCCAUUGAAGGUCCUUAUAUUAAGUUGCUGGAGAAUAUCGAAGGCGGCAAGAAGGUCUGGGCUCUGGGGCCUUUGAACCCUUUGGCCGUUGAGAAGAAAGAUUCAAAAGUAAGGCAUCCAUGCUUGGAGUGGCUUGAUAAACAAGAGCCAGAUUCUGUGAUAUACGUGUCUUUUGGGACAACAACAACUUUGAAAGUGGAACAGAUCCAAAAGGUUGCAACUGGGUUAGAACAAAGCAAACAGAAGUUCAUCUGGGUGCUGAGACAUGCUGAUAAAGGGGACAUCUUUGAUGAAAAUGAAGCAAAAAAACUUCAUCUUCCAAAUGGGUUCGAGGAGAGAGUGAAAGGCAUGGGGGUGGUCGUCAGGGAUUGGGCACCCCAAUUGGAAAUUCUGAGCCAUCCUUCAACAGGGGGGUUUAUGAGUCAUUGUGGAUGGAACUCGUGCUUAGAGAGCAUAUCCCUGGGGGUGCCAAUGGCAACAUGGCCCAUGCACUCAGACCAGCCGAGAAACGCAGUUUUGGUGACAGAGGUUCUGAAGGUUGGAUUGGUUGUGAAGGAUUGGUCGCAGAGGAAGUCGUUGGUGAGUGCUUCAGUUGUUGAGAAUGGUGUGAGAAGGUUGAUGCAAACAAAGGAAGGUGAUGAGAUGAGAGAGAGAGCAGUAAAUCUGAAAAAGGCCUUCCAAAUAUCAAGGGAUGAAGGUGGAGAUUCUCGCAUGGAAAUGAAAUCUUUCAUUGCCCAUAUCACUAAAUAGUAUCUGAUGGGCUGAUAGUUUUCUGUGUAGUUCCCAAUUGGGCACAUGAAGUUAAAGACACCUGGUAUGAAAAAGAAAAGGAUAACGUGUGUAGUAUUGGAGGAAAAGAAUAAUCAUAUUAUACUUAUGAAUUCCAAAAUAUCCUUAUCUUUUUCAUUUAGAAAAAGAUGAUUCAUUCUCUCUUCACUCUAAGUUUAAAGUGUGUCAUUUUUCUUCUCUCUUGAAGGUUUGAACUUUUUU